UCAACUAUGUGUUAUGUUCUUGCUGGUGGUUGUUUUCCCCCAGAAGUUGAAUUGUUAUAGUUCGCUCGGGAAUUGAUUGUGCUCCUUCGAGGCUCUCUUUCCAAAAACAAAGACGGAUAGAAAGAAAAUCAGUUUUCUGUUGGAACUUGGAAACCCGUUUCGCACAUCUGUUACUGGAGUAAGAGACGUUGUUGAAGAAAUGUCUGAAGAAGGAAGGGUACACCCUGAUUGCAGAAAUGCUUCUAAUCCUUAUCAUGAAUGUAGCGAGUAUUGCUUUAAAAUAAUUGCUGAAGUCAAAGCCCGGAAUCAGCAAAAUGAGCAAGUUAGUAUAUCAUCAGAAGCUGUUCAAACUGGUCGCAGUGGUGGUUCUUCUGUUCAAGCUCGUUGGAGUAGUGGUUCUUCUGGUCAAGCUGGUCGAAGUAGUGCUUCCAAUUUUGCUCCUCCGGAUGAGUACGAAGAUCUUCAUGAUGAAAAGCCCGACAUUGAAGGGCACAGUGAUGGUGAUGUUGACAAAUCUAGUGAGGAGAACGAGAAUGUGGAAGGAGACUUCACUAAACUCACGGGGAGGAAGAAAAAGUUGUUUGAACUUAGGCUUAAGAUGAAUGAGGCGCGGAAAGCUAAUCAGACAGCAAUUGCUGCUGAAAAAAAGAAAAUGGAACCUCCAUCAGAAUCAAGAGGCAUUUCUAAACAAAAGUGGCUUGAGGAUCGGAAGAAAAAAAUUGGGAAGCUUUUAGAUGCAAAUGGCUUGGAUAUGACAAAAGCAUAUAUGUUAGAUACACAAGAGGCAGCAGAGUCCAAAUAUAAGAAAUGGGAGAAGGAUCCAGCUCCCUAUGGAUGGGAUGUGUUUAAUCAGAAAACGUUGUACAAUGCAUACAAAAAGCGGACAAAGAAUGUAAAUGUGGACCUUGAGGAAUAUAAUAAAAUGAAAGAUUCUGAUCCUGAGUUCUACCGCGAGGCUUCGAGUCUUCAAUAUGGAAAGGCACCUAAGAUUUCAGAGGAUAAGAUUGACAAUAUGGUGAAAGAACUGAAGGAGCGGGAUGAGAAGCGUAAGUCAUUUAGCCGUAGGAGGAAGUUCCACGAAGACAAGGAUAUCGACUCUAUCAAUGAUCGCAAUGAGCAUUUCAACAAAAAGAUUGAGCGGGCCUUUGGUAGAUACACUCUGGAGAUCAAAAACAAUCUCGAGCGAGGAACUGCGUUGCCCGAUUAAGGUAUUUGUUUAGACGAGGCGUUUCUUCUAAAUGCAACCUUACUGCUUCUCUUCUCCUCUAGGAAUUUCGGAGAACUUAUAUCGAAUCCUAGUAAUAGCGACUGUUUAAAGCUUUUCCCUUGAAUUUUAAAAUAGAGUUCUCCUGUAAAAUAUUUAUCUGAAAAGCUACUAAAUUCUCUAAAUGGUAGAAAAUUGAUUGAAGGUGGCUUUCUUCUCGUAGAUAUGUACUAAAGCAUCUCAGUAAUAGAGGUUGUUUUCUUCCAACUUAACUCAAGCCUCACAGCAAACAAACCCUUGUUACUUGUUUGAUUGAUGUGAUGAAUGUGGUAGAACUUGUCCAAUUUGAAACUUCAAAUGGACAGGGCGGCUUUGAAUUUUAA